CCGGAAGUGUUGUGAGUGGCGUGCUGGCGGUGCAGCUCGUCUUCUGUGCGCGCUGCUGUCUCGGCUUCUCGCUCCGUCAAAGUCAGGCAAAGUCAGGAGUUUUUACACAUUGGUGAACACGGAAAGGCAGACUAGUUAACGCGGGAACCAGAAGAUCAGAACCGACCUUUACCGGCCGCUGUUUGUCCGUCCCUCCGCUCCGAAUGGCGGAAGUGAGCCAACCGGUUGUUAACGUUAGUGUCAUCCCUGAGUAUGAAGGGAAAGAAGAGUUCAAAAAGAGCGAAAAUGUUGCUUUCUACAGGCGACAGAUCCAGGGACCAAACUUGCACCACAGAGUCCUUUUGGACACGAUGGUGCUGACGGAGAAGGGGGCUCGGUUUGAACUGUUGGAACCUGACACACAGGCAGCGCUGCUUCUUUGUGUGUCGCCUUGCAAAAACGACACGGUGAGGAUACUAAUAGAUGAACUGCAGCCCAUCAAAGCCCGCUACCGAGUUCCAGAUGUGCUAACGGGGGAACCGCAGUGUGCGCAGCUGAGAGUGGAGCGACAGUCCAAGGACUCGGUCACGCUGUCUUGGUCUGCAGGGCGUCACCAGGUUUGCGUUUGGCGUUUUCCUUUCCGACUGGAGAUCCUGUGUGAGGACAAAGUGAUGGUCACCUUCAACUCCAAAGGCAAACUGUGGUUGGAGACGCUGCAGGAUCCACCCAGUGAGCUUCAAGACGACCACACAGGUUCAUUAUGGAAAGAGACGUUCAGGCAGUUUGAGGAUAUCAAAGCUAAUGGUCCCAGCAGCAUCGGUUCCGACCUCUGUCUCCACGGGUUCAGCCACGUGUACGGUCUACCAGAGCACGCCGACGGCCUUCAGCUCAGAGACACCAGAGACGGGGACCCUUACCGGCUGUAUAACCUGGAUGUCUUUGCGUAUGACUUGUACAGCCGCCUCGGCCUGUACGGCUCUGUCCCGCUGUUAGUGGCCCACAAACCAGACAGGACUUUGGGUGUGUUCUGGCUGAAUGCCUCUGAAACGUUUGUUCACGUCGGUUACAGCAUGUCGGCUCCUCGGGAUGGCCAAACUCCCCCACUGAAGACGAGGCUUGUGGAGCCACAGACUGACGUCCACUGGCUGUCAGAAAGUGGUGUGAUUGACUGUGUGGUUCUGCUCGGGCCCGGUCCACAGCAGCUGUUCACGCAGUACGCUCAGCUGACAGGAUAUCAAGCGCUGCCCCCUUUGUUCGCUCUCGGGUACCACCAGAGCCGCUGGAACUACAACGAUGAGGCUGACGUGAAGGCUGUGGACGCUGGAUUCGAUCGCCACGACAUCCCCUACGACGUCAUCUGGCUGGAUAUCGAGCACACCGAGGGGAAGCGUUAUUUCACCUGGGACUCCGCGCUUUUCCCCGAACCGGCCAACCUGCAGCGCCACCUAGAGGAGAGGAAGAGGAAGUUGGUGGUGAUAACCGAUCCUCACAUCAAGAUCGACCCCGGUUGGUGGUUGUCUAAUGAGGCCAGAGAUGGGGGGCAUUUCGUAAAGAACAGAGACGGGCAGAACUAUGAGGGAUCGUGUUGGCCUGGUAAUUCCAAUUACCUCGACUUCAGCAGUCCAGACACUCGAGCGUGGUACUCUAGAUGUUUCAGCCUGGAUAAGUACAAAGGAUCGACACCAUCGCUAUUUGUGUGGAAUGAUAUGAACGAACCGUCCGUGUUCGACGGGCCGGAGCAAACGAUGCCCAAGGACGCAGUGCAUUAUGGGGGAUGGGAGCACCGUGAAUUACACAACCUGUACGGCUUCUACCAGCACAUGGCCACAGCGGACGGUCUGAUUACUCGCUCAGGCGGCUCGGAGAGACCUUUCGUCCUUUCACGCUCCUUCUUUGCUGGGUCACAGAGACUCGGAGCAGUAUGGACAGGUGACAACGUCGCCAGUUGGAAGUAUCUGAGUAUCUCCAUUCCGAUGCUUUUGUCUCUGAGUGUGACGGGCAUCGCAUUCUGUGGAGCUGACGUCGGCGGGUUUGUUCAGGACCCGGAGCCGGAGUUGCUGGUGCGCUGGUACCAGGCGGCCGCCCUGCAGCCGUUCUUCAGAGGUCACUCUGCAAAGGGGACGAAGCGCCGGGAGCCCUGGCUGUUUGGGGAGAAAGUCACCGCCGCUAUCCGCACUGCGAUCCAACAGAGGUACUGUUUGCUGCCUUACUGGUAUUCUCUGUUCCACCUGGCUCACACCUCCGGUCUGCCUCCUCUCAGACCUCUCUGGGUGGAGUUCCCAGGAGAACAGAGCACCUUCGCUGUGGACCACCAGUAUAUGAUCGGUGGAGCACUGCUGGUCAGUCCUGUAACCAAGCCGCGUGUGCAAGAAGUCCGAGUCCUUCUUCCUGGAUCUGGUGAGGUUUGGUACGACGUCCACACUGCAAAGGCGCAUAAAGGAGGCCAGACUCUGAGUGUUCCCGUCACCCUGGACACAGUUCCUGUGUUCCAGCGUGGCGGCUCGGUGGUCUGCAGGUCAACAGGAAGCGGUUCCUGCACAGCCGAACAGCAGCAGCUCCCCCUCUCUAUCACGGCGGCCCUGAACUCUGAGGGACUCGCUGAUGGGGAGUUGUACCUGGACGACGGCCACUCCUUCGGCUACCGGGACAGAAAGGCCUUCUGCCUGCGCAGGUUCAGCCUGCUGUCAGGCCGUCUGCUCUGCCGUCCCGGCAGUGAAGAAGGAACCUUUGCCUGCGGCGCCGUCGUUCAGUCCGUCUCCGUCCUGGGCCUGAGAAGCAAACCCUCCACCGUGGUGCUGCACGUGUCAGGCGCCAAAGACUCCUUCGCUGCGUUUGAGUGGACGGAGACCUGCUGCAUGCUGACCGUGAACAAGCUGAAGCUCAGAGUGGCGAUGGACUGGGAGAUGGAGAUACAUGAAGAACUUGGACCAAAAGGCCGUCACGUCGGUCCGAACCUUUUUGUUCCUUUAACCUUUGACCGCUCUUUAAGACUCACUCUAGCAGUCUAUUGGUGUACAUCUAUGAAUUUGCACUUUGCCAAAAGAUGAAUAAUACGGCCUGCUCUAGUUAUGCUGAGACUGCUCAACGCUGAGCUCCAUUGAGAACAGGUUUAAAGGGGUUGAAUGCCUUCUGCUGAGGCAGGGCAUCGACCCACCACUCUUUACAUGCCCUCGGGCCCUUUGUGUCGCCCAACAAUGAUGCACCGGAGCACCACAGCGCCCGCGGAGGUCAUUGUCCGCGCCGGCCAAUGGGAGAGCUACGGACGGACGUUCAUGCGAUGUGUGA